UAUUUGGCCUUCUGAAAGUAGAUGCAUUUAGGAAUCUUUAAGAUUACUUACAACAAAACUGCAACGCAUUUUAUGGAUGACUGUUUCGUGAACCUAGGAGAGGAGGUAAUUCUGACUUUGCUACAAAAAUCUGGCACUUCUGAAUCAGCUAAUAUGGCAGGUGAGAGAAACCCUGCAUCAUGUUACCUGGAUGAAAGGACCUUUCGGCUUUGUUGUCAGCUCUUUCUCCAGCACUCUGAGACCAUCCAGGACGGCUGGAGCUGGGAGCAGAUCAAGGACACUGAUGAAGGCUUCAUGAAGAAGACUGUUCUCAUGCCUGUAAAACCAAGCGUUUUGCACAAACAACAUGAGUGUUCCAUACAGGAUGAAAACAUGGUGACAGAUGAUAUCCAGGCAAACGUUGAGGAUGAAACGGCUGGAGUUCAGGCAGUAUGUGAAAUUCACGCUGUGCUGCGCUAUGAAUACCACGUUCUGUAUUCUUGCAGCUAUCAGAUCCCCGUCCUCUAUUUCAGAGCCUCCACGUUAGAUGGGCGACCCCUGUCUCUCGAGGAGGUGUGGAGCAAUGUUCAUCCAAACUAUAGACAGAGACUACAGCAGGGACCCUGGGACACACUGACCCAACAGGAACAUCCUUUACUGGGCCAACCAUUUUUCAUGCUUCAUCCAUGUCGCACUGAGGAGUUUAUGAAACCUGCUCUGGAUUUGGCACAAGCUGAAAACAAGAGGAUGAACUAUAUCGUGACUUGGCUCAGUAUUGUUGGACCCGUUCUCAGACUGGACGUCCCUUUGAGCUACAGCACAGAGGUGUCUGCUCCUGACUGAAGCGCCUCUGCUGUGAUCUUCCUGUCUGUCUCAGACUCCACAGACCCAGAGGACGUGCAGAGAACAUGCUGAGGGUCUCAGAGGGGCCAAAGACGCUUCAGAUGUCUUGUUAGCGAUGCUUGAGCAUUCAAGACACCAAGUCUUUAAGUUCACAAGUUAGCGCUAAAUGUUUAAAAAAAUUGCACUAAAAUAAUUUCAUUCAAAUGUUUGGGGUCCGUAAGAUUUUUUUCUAUUUACCAAGGAUGCAUUGAUAGUGAUCAAAAUGAACAGUAAAGACAUACGAUUACAAAAAUGUUCUAUUUUAAAUAAAUACAUUUAUAGAAAUGUUUCUAGAGCAGCAAAUCAUCAUAUUAGAAUGAUUUCUGAGGGAUCAUAUGACAUUGAAGACUGGAGUAACGAUGCUGAAAAUUCAGCUUUGCAUCACAGGAAUAAAUGACAUUUUUUGUAAUAUAUUCAGAUAGAAUCGGAAUCAGAUUUUAAAUUAUAAUAACAUUUCACAAUAUUACCAUUUUUACUGUAUUUUUGAUCAAAUAAAUGCAGACUUGGUGAGCAGAAGAGACUUCUUUCAAAAACAUCUUACUGAAAUCUUGUUGGUAGUGUAUACUGUAAUUAAUCUUUUGGGUUACCAAUCAUAAAACGUCCAUAUUAUCUGACAGAUGUCACUGAAAUAUGCCUGAGAAGCCAGUUGCAUUUGUUUGUAGGAUGCAUGUACAUAACCUGCAUUGCUGUUAUGGUUGUUCAUGGGAAAAUCAUUUAUAUACAGGGAUUUGUUCAGAAAAUGUACUCUUUGAGACAUUACCAUCAAAUUAAAAAGACAAACAAUAGU